CGGUGGGAACACGGCACCUGCUACCAGUGACGCCACAGAUAACGUUACAGACGGGACACCGACUUCGCCAUGGCGGGUUUCUGGACUGCGCUGCUUCUUCUCGCCAUAUUGGGGCAUGCUGCAGGCCAAGGUGUCUACCUGGGCUGCUAUGUUGACCAUGAAGACGACCGAGACUUCCCGUAUGUGGUGACGUGGUCAGACUUGACGCCCCCAAAGUGCAUACGUCACUGCGCGGACAUGGGUUUCGGGUACGCUGGACUGCAGUACGCGGUUGAGUGCUUCUGUGGAAACCACUACGGUACGCACGGACAGGCACCCGAGUCGGACUGCAACCACGCAUGCGCAGGAGGAGGAGACUACACGUGCGGAAGUGGAUGGAGGAACUCUGUCUGGUCCACUGGAGCAGCCGUGCUGACGGAGGACCAGCUGGACCAAUGAAGAGUUUCAGACGUACGUGAACCUGCCGGAGAACCUGUACACUCGGAACGGAACGCUCUUCCUCAAGCCGACGCUGGCGGCGGAGCGGCUCGGGGAGAAGUUUUUGACGGAGGGAGUCAUCAACCUGAGAGAGGACGCGCUGUACCUCGGGUGCUACCAUGAUGGCGGGAGCAUGGACUCACGUGACCUAAAUGGGGACAACAUGACAUCACCCUACCUGACGCCCAAACUGUGCCUGGACCACUGCACGGAGGCAGGGUACACCUACGCCGGGCUGCAGUACGGCACAGAGUGUUUCUGUGGGGACAGUUUCGGAAAGUUUGGCGCCGCUCCUGAGUCAGAAUGUGCCAUUCCGUGCGGAGGGGACGCAGGGCAAAUGUGUGGCAAUGGGUGGAAAAACUCCAUCUACACAUCAGUGGGCGGCACGUGCACCCUGGAGAACUGGAACGGCUGCUACAUUGCAGGCUCGCCAAGCCAGCACCUGCCUCCCGUCCUCUCAGCAAGGCUCACCACCGCCCACAGCUUCAGCUUCAGGUACGGCAAGGUGGAGGUCACGGCCAAGAUGCCAACAGGAGACUGGAUAUGGCCAGCGAUCUGGUUGCUGCCUCAGACCUGGGUUUACGGGGACUGGCCGAGAUCAGGGGAGAUUGACAUCGUGGAGACACGAGGAAACCGUGACCUUUACGCGUCCUGGGGCGCCUCCCUCGGCAUCGAUGUCACCACCAGCACCCUGCACUGGGGAAGCAGCGGCGUCUGGCCUUAUAACGGCUUCUUCAAGACUAGAGCAGAGAAAGAGGCGCACACAGGGACAUACGGCAGUGACUUCCACAAGUGGACCAUGGUGUGGACAGACCAGUAUCUCAAGUUCUUCGUAGAUGAUGAGCUGAUGCUAACGGUGUCGCCACCAAACGGGUUCUGGGCGCUGGGAGACUUCGGGCUGCCCGACAGCGACAAUCCCUGGAGCGGGGCGGGCAGGAUGGCUCCGUUCGACCAGGACUUCUACCUGAUCAUGAACGUGGCCACUGGCGGGACGAACGGUUUCUUCAUGGACGACUACGUGAACAUGCCGCACCCCAAGCCCUGGGCCAACGCGCAGUCCCGCUCCGAGGCCAUGGCCAGCUUCUGGCGCGCGCGCGACCAGUGGCUGCCCACCUGGAACCCGGCACACAACAACGGCGAGGACGCAGCCAUGCAGGUCAAGUCUGUCAAAGUCUGGAAGUUCAGAGAUCUGUAAUCUUUCGUACUCAGCUGCUCCAAGAUUUGUGAGCGUUUUAAUUCCGAUCCUUUAUCACUAGCUGUUCCGAGAUCUGUGAUCCUUUAUCAAUAGCUGAUAGCAUCGGACACGCACGUGCAUACUUGACUGGCAAAUAAAUGGGAGAAUCUA